AUGGCACUUGAGGCCAAGAAUAAAACUGGUUUCAUUGAUGGGUCUCUCACAGCUCCUGCUUCUGACUCUGCGGAUUUUGCUCAUUGGGUUCGUUGUAACAGCAUGGUGCGCUCUUGGCUUAUGCAUUCCACUAUUUCUUCUAUUUCUCACAGCAUCCUUUGGCUCGAUUCAGCACAUGACAUUUGGGUCAAUCUCCAUGAUCGUUUUUCUCCAAAGAAUGCCCCUCGCACAUUCGAGAUGCGUUGUGCUCUCUCUACGCACGUACAAGGCACUGAUUCCAUUUCUGCUUAUUAUACCAUUCUCAAAGGUUAUCGCGAUGAAUUGUUAUCUUAUCAUGCUCUUCCUCCUUGUUCUUGUGGUGCACUGAAGACACUUCAUGAGUUUCGUGAACCGAUCAUUCUUCUAGGUUUAAAUGACUCUUAUGCAGCUGUUUGCAGCCAAAUUCUAUUGAUGGACCCCUUGCCUUCUGUCAACAAGGCAUAUUCUAUUCUCCUUCAGGAGGAACGACAACGAACCUUACAUGAUUCCCGUUCCACCAUGCUCGAUCAAGUUACCAUGGCUGUAUCUCGUCCACCAUUUGCUCUCACCUCACGUUUUGGUGGUUCAUCUUCUAAACCACACUAUCAUUGUACCUAG